GUGUGUGUGAGAGAAAGGAGAGAGGAAUACCCAGCUGGUCCCACAAGCCCUAUAAUACCAAGCACAACAUGCUUUACCUUCAAUGAAAGCUGAGACUGAGGGACGGCUGACUGCUGGACCUGAAAUCAGCUUAGAGUCGGAGAGGCGCAGUUUUUCUCCCUCUGCUUUCUCACACCUCAUCCUGCGCGCCGGAACCUUUUUAUCAUUAUUAUUUUUAUCUUUAUCUUUUUACUGACUCAAACACAUUUAGACCUGCAACUUAUCAAAAGUAGAGACAACUUGGAUAACGCAUCUUCCUCUCUUGUUGUGACCGGUGUCAAAGGUGAUGGUGUCAUUUUCUUGCAGAGGACUCAGGUGAUGGUAUGUGUUUCUGGAGAUAGGGGCCACUUUCGGAAACGUGUUAGUUUUUCCACAGCUGUUAUUUUUUCGUUUGCUACGUUUCCUUUGCCUCGAACAUGGCACUCUACUCUCGAUUUAUGAUCGUGCUGCUUUACGGAUGGAGUUAUUUGUGCGUUGGAUUGUGCGCGAUGCUGAAAACGGACAAUAUCCCCGAGAGACGAAAGGUGGAUUUUACGCAUUCGGUGGAUAAAAAAUACGCGACAAAAGAAGACCGGGAUGCGCUUUUACAGGAUACGAUGACGGAGCACAUGCAGAUGCUUUACGCGAAGUACAACAGCGCUGGAUUUCCCUUCAAGGACGGCAACACUGUUCGUAGUUUCAAAGCGCAUUGGGGUACUAUAAACAAGAAACAGCUGCAGAUUUUCAACCUCACCUCCCUCACCAAAUCAGAAGACAUCCUGUCAGCUACUCUUCAUUAUUACAUUGGAGACCUUCAGAACAGCACCCAGGGCUGCUCCAGGUCCAAAAGCUGCGCUCGCCAUGGUCCCAGGAGGCACAGCCACAUCCACAUGGUCAUCUGGAGCUUUGCAUCUGUGGAUAACAAGAUGAGGACUCUUGGACAUUUUCGGAUCAAUGUGUCCACCCUCUACAGGGACUUCAUAUCUUGGCAGUGGAAGGACAUAACUCGUGUGGUCAACCAGGCCAAACACCACGACGAGCUGCUUAUUGGGAUUGAAGUGGCUUCACAAGGUUCCCAGCCGUGGAAGAAGCUCCUGUCAGACCGCUCACCCUACAUCCUGGUCUAUGCCAAUGACUCUGCCAUCUCAGAGCCUGAAAGUGUGGUAGCUACUCUCCAGAGGCCCCACUCAGUGAGAGGUGAGGGCUCCAUUUCACACGGCUUCCAUAAACUGGGACUACAAGAGCAAAACGACACCGAAGGACAGCCACAGCCCAGACACAGGCGCUCGGUGAAUGUUCUCCUACCUUUGCAAAAUAAUGAACUUCCCGGUCCCGAGUAUCCAUAUGAGACGACCGGCUGGGACGAGACAACUCCCUACGAACCAUUUGAAAACAAACAGGCACGCCGGCCGCGUAAAAAGACACGCAAGAAUCAGCGGCAUAAGAUGCCCUUGCUACAGUUUGAUGAGCAGACGAUUAAAAAGGCGCGAAAGAAGCAGUGGAACGAGCCCAGGAACUGCGCUCGGAGAUACCUGAAAGUUGACUUUGCCGACAUUGGAUGGAGCGAAUGGAUUAUAUCGCCCAAGUCGUUUGAUGCCUAUUAUUGCUCAGGGUCCUGCCAGUUCCCCAUGCCAAAGGCUCUGAAGCCAUCUAACCACGCCACCAUCCAGAGCAUAGUGCGGGCGGUGGGCGUCGUCCCAGGCAUCCCCGAGCCGUGCUGCGUCCCCGAGAAAAUGUCUUCCCUCAGCAUCCUUUUCUUUGACGAGGACAAGAACGUGGUGCUGAAAGUCUACCCCAACAUGACAGUAGAUUCCUGCGCCUGUAGAUAGUUUCUUUUUCCUCCCAGGCCUCAUCGCGCACACCUCGUGUCAUAAAGAGAAGUAAACAAACAAACAAAAAAAACCCCACAUACAGCCAUAAAGACGGUCUCUUCACCUGUUCCUGCAGUCACACACUCACUCAGAUACAAAUAUCAAGUGAAUACAACUUCCCUUUUGCGCUGGAGGAGAGCGCUGCCUGUUGUUCCAGGUGACGAUGUGACUGUCAGUGGGAAGAAAUGGAUCACGUGAGUUAUCCUAGUAAAAGUUGUAUUUUAAACGUAUUUAUCAUCGCUGCUCAGUUAUCAGUUGGGCGACGGCAGGGUGGACGCGAUCAUAAACCCACUAUCAAGGCAUACAAACACCAGCUGAGGCAUAAAAGAGACAAAAACUGAAGGAAAAUAUUCACUUUUCAGGAAAAAACAAAAAAAGAUCUUCAUUUCAGCUGGUGCCCGCGGGAGGGCGGGGUGGUUGUACUCAUCUUUCUCGCCUUCAUAGCUUGAAGUUGUCACCUCCAGGUCACCUCUGCUCGCAUUUGCAUGGUUUUUGUUACUAUGUGUAAGUAUUUAUGUCUGUACUAUCACUGUGUUAUUCACCAUACGAGAAUUUAUUGUAUCGUUUUUUGGCUUGGCUGCUAUAAAGGGUUAUAUUAGAUUCCAAAGCCAGAAUUGUGACGUAGACUUUUAGGUUGCUUUACAUAUUUAUGUUUAACUCUGUUGUUGUACAGAACCAACAUUUUUUUAGAGUUUAUUAUAGGUGGAAGAGUAAGCUACAUUCACGUGGUCUCAUCAUUAACACGGACAUUCUGAGGCAUGUUUUGCUUCAACAAGAAAAUGAAAAAGCUUCAUGAGUAAACCUCGUAGGUGAGGCCAGAUUAACUUGUUAGCACGAGGCCAGAACUGCAAAAAUUAAUGCUCAGUGAGAGGCAGCUGGAGGAGAAAUAUGUUUUUGACGUACUCUUCUGUUAGAAACUGAUGGAAAGUGUUGCGUGAGGUCUCGGAGGUGGAGGUGGAUGAAAUUUCUGAAAAAGUAAUUUGGCUGCCUUUAAAACCCAGCAGAAGAUGGAUUUUUGCAGGGGUGCAACUUCUGCUGGGACGUUUUUCUUCUCUGCAACGCUCCGCUUCAAACUCAGUUACGUUCUGAUCCAUUUCAUGAAAACACCAGUAUUACUGAGGACCAGAAACAUGUGGGGCUCCGCUGGAGGCAUUUGGGGGGAAGAGCUUUAGGAUGGGCUGACAACUUUAAGCCAUUCAUUCGUACAAAACACUCCAACUAACAGGUCAAAAUAAACUUUUUUCAGUGUUAAAUUGAGCACAAUUUGCAGUAAACUGCCUGCUACCAGUUUUUAUGAUUCAUUUAAAUACUCUCCUCCCAAAAUUUUAUUCUCACAGGAAAAAAUACAUAUGCAAGUUUUUCUUUUUUACCUGUUUCCACCCCAAAAAACGUCUUGAAGGUAUAGGAUAUUGAAAGGUACCACUACUCUGACUUUUACUUGGAUUUCAGUUUCACCUCUGUGCUGUUUUUCAGCUUCAGGAAAAACAGAAAAGUGGUACUUGGUGCAAGCUACUAGCAUCAGCUGGGUACAGUGGUGGCAGCAGAAAAAAUGAGAUGAAGCAAAAACAAGCUGUGCAUUAUUAUGUCCUUUCUGUUAUGACCGUCAAUAUUAUUACUGUGUAUUAUUCUACAGAGUGGGUUUUACAUAAAUCAUUAGAGGGUGUGUUAAGAUCAGCUACAAACAACAGGCACACCUGGAGGAGCAGUUAACAUGUCGUAACCUUGCCUUGAGUUGUGCGUUAUUGUCACAGUUCAUAAAACCAAAUAUUUAUUCAGAGCAAAUAGACGUAAUUAUAGCAGCGUUUUUUUUCUAUACACUUGUACAUUGCUUUUGUAUAUAGCUCACUCUACUACAAUGAUGCGUCUUUGAGAUAGAAGUGCCUUUUUUGAAUGGGUGGAUUUCUGCUUCACAAAAAAGUUUGAGUCGAUUCAUCGUGAAGCUCAAGUCAAAGCGAGCAGCUGAGUAUUUUUCUUAUGGUACAAAAUAGGCUCCAGAGUGAACAUAGCGCGUAUUCUUUUGUGGAAUUUAUUCUCAAAUGUAUUUCAAACCAUUUUUGAUAAUCCAGAGACAUUUAUUUUGCGUCAAUACCCGAGGGCAGAUCGUGUAACUUUCUAUAUUUUGUACCGACACGUUUUUACAGUUCGUGCUUCCUCGUUUUGUGCCGACACAGUUUUUAGAAAUGCAUGUUAUAGAACGAAGUGGCUUCCUCCGUUUGUGCCAGUACAACUUUGCAGAUGUGACGACUGCUGACGCGUCACUUUUUGGAUCCUUGCUUCUUCCGCAUUCGUGACUCAACUUUCCGAGUAUGAAUCGGUGCAGUCGCCUACGGCGCAGCGCAUCGACCUUCACUUCACUGUUUCAUCUUCUCGUGUAAAUGUUGUGCUGUAGGUUAAACAAAGAAAUGCCUGUACAAUAAGCUUCAUAAAAUAUAUUUGUAUAUGGAAAAGGCCUUUAACAUGCAUCUAUUUAUUUUCUCUAUGUUGCAUAUCUUGUAAAGGUGUGGUCUGGGAAAGGGGGGGCCAAAGCUCAGAAAUGUCGAUGGUCUUUAUAUCUGCGAUGGACAUUUGUCACUACUGACUGAAAGUGUGGUGAACUGUUUAAAGGUCUCCCUCCUCUGAGCUCGGACCCUCCUUCCAAAGCAUUCAAAGAAAUGAAUAAAAGUAUGCAAGAA